UGUACCAUUGAUAAUUUUUUAUUUUAUUUUAAUUUUCUUAAAAGCAGCUCAAAAAUAUUGGACAAAAGCUGAAACCCCAUCACUCCUUUCUCCAUUGCUGUUGAGCUUCAUUCGAACAUGGAUUCCGACGACGAUCAAACCAUUCCGCUGAGCCAAAGACCCGAAUGGUCCGACGUUAAUCCAGUACCCCAGAAUGACGGCCCGAACCCGGUUGUUCCGAUCGCAUACACUGACGAAUUCAGAGAAACUAUGGAUUAUUUUCGAGCUGUUUAUCUCUCUGAUGAGCGUUCUUCUCGUUCACUUCAACUUACUUCUGAAGCUAUCAAAUUAAACGCCGGAAAUUACACUGUUUGGCAUUUCAGGCGGCUUAUUCUUGAGUCCCUGAAUGCUGAUUUGCACGAGGAACUGGAUUAUGUAGAAAAUGCUGCGAAGAAGAAUUCAAAGAAUUACCAGAUAUGGCAUCAUAGGCGGUGGCUUGCCGAGAAGCUAGGACCAGAUGCUGCUUUUAGAGAAAUUGAAUUUACAAAGAAAAUACUUUCUCUUGAUGCUAAAAAUUACCAUGCCUGGUCUCAUAGACAGUGGGUUCUGAAAACAUUAGGCGGUUGGGAUGAUGAACUCGAGUACUGUAAUCAGCUUCUUAAGGAUGACAUCUUUAACAACUCUGCUUGGAACCAGAGGCAUUUUGUUGUCACAAGAUCUCCUUUGCUUGGAGGCCUAGAUGCCAUGAGAGACUCUGAAGUGAAUUACACUAUUGAAGCCAUUGUACAACAUCCCGAGAAUGAAAGCUCAUGGAGGUACCUUCGGGGCCUUUACAAAAACGACUUGAAGUCUUGGGUAAAUGAUCCUCGAGUUUCGUCUGUAUGCUUAAAGAUCUUGAGCGCCAAAAGUAGAUGUAUUUUUGCCUUAAGUACACUUUUGGACCUCAUCUGCCAAGGUCUUCAACCAAGCUCUGAGUUAAAAGAAGCAGUUGAUUCUCUAAAGAGUUCAAAUGUAGAAUCAAGCAGUUCUGGCUUAGCAGAAACAAUAUGCUCAGUUUUGGAAAGCAUGGAUCCCUUGAGAGUGAAUUAUUGGAGUUGGCGCAAGGAACACAUCCCUACUUUAACACCUUGAUGUCGAUAAUUAAGUUUAAGUUUAUCAUCCUAUAUAUGUUGUGGUCCUUGUGGAUUGAACCAUUUGAUUCGGCAUUUUACUUUUACCCAUGAAAAUUUAAAAACGUUGUGGAAUUUGAUUGAACAUCAAUAGAUAUUAUAGAGAGAUUGAUUUCUGAA